UCGAUAAGUUAUGUUAUGAAUUUUUUUAUAAAGAAAAGACAAAGUGCAAAUAAAAGCAUCCAGCCAAUCAUAUACGUCGAUACAUGGACAUUGGCACUACAUCCGGGUUAUCAGUAAAGGGGAAAGAGAUAUCAGCCAUUUUGGAAAAAAUAAUUGUUUUUGUGCUUCAUGUUUUGCAUGUUUACAUUAUACAUGUUUUGAAAUUUCCGUUUGGCAAAGGUUGCAAUGGCAGAAAACAACACUUGGACUUCAAAGAAAAUAUGCCGUGAAUAGUAUAAGCCUGGAGAGAUAACAAAAUGAAUGUGUUUUUCGAGGUCAAGCUUAUUCUGUUCUUGUUGCAGAUUGUGUCACUUCCAAUCAGUUAUGUUCGGAGUGAAAAUCCCGCUGUUUUACCUGUGUUAGAGUGUGAAAAAUAUGACCAUACAUGUGAUCCAGCAAAAGAAAAGUGUCAAACAGUGGACAGAUGUGUUCCACAUGGCCCAGAGGGAAAGGUUUCUUGUUAUGCCUCAUGGAGAAAUGGAACAGAUGGAUUCAAAAAUAUGAAAAAAGGAUGCUGGUUGAAUUCUGAAAACUGUCUGAAUGACACAGAGUGUAUUGAAAAUACACCAAACAGAGAAAUAUAUUUUUGUUGUUGCCAAAAGCCUAUGUGCAAUGGUCGCUUAACCUUGAGACCAGUUAUUAGUCCACCAACAACGACGUCUAGCUCCACGACCAAAGUUCGUGAAUCAGGGGAUGGCCAGUUGAUGCGUACAUUGAUGUAUUCUAUUGUACCGAUAUUAGGAACAGCUUUAUUAAUUGUAGUCAUUUUCUGGAUGUGGAGAUGGCAUCAGCGGCGAACAACAAUUUAUCAUGAACAGCUUCCUACAGCAGACCCCGCCCUGCUCAAUACACCAUGUGAUGAGGCAUUGCGACCUCUUCAACUUUUAGAGUUGCGUGCUAGAGGGCGUUUUGGGGCUGUAUGGAAAGCUCAGCUUAUCAGUGACUUUGUAGCAGUGAAGAUAUUUCCACUGCAAGAUAAACUUUCAUGGGUAUCAGAACACGACAUUUACGUUUUACCUCAAAUGAAGCAUGAAAACAUUUUGAAUUUUAUUGCUGUUGAAAAACGAGGUGAAAGUUUAAACACCGAACUAUGGCUCAUUACAGAGUUUCAUGAAUUGGGUUCUUUAUGUGACUAUUUAAAGUGUCACACCAUUACUUGGAGUGAAUUAUGCAAAAUUGCGGAAAGCAUGGCUAAAGGUUUAGCAUAUUUACAUGAUGAAAUUCCAGCUACAAAAGAUAAAUUAGCAAAACCUGCUGUUGCACACAGAGACUUUAAGAGUAAAAAUGUAUUAUUAAAAAGUGACUUAACUGCUUGUGUAGGAGAUUUUGGAUUAGCUCUUAAGUUUGAACCAGGAAUCAGUCCAGGAGAAACUCAUGGAUUGGUGGGUACAAGAAGGUAUAUGGCACCAGAAAUUCUUGAGGGAGCAAUAUGUUUUAAUAGGGAUGCCUUUUUAAGGAUUGAUAUGUACGCUUGUGGUCUGGUUUUAUGGGAGCUGGUAGCUCGUUGUUCAGCACGCGAUGGUCCUGUAGAGGAAUACAUUUUACCAUUUGAAGAAGAGAUAGGUGCUCAUCCUACACUUGAAGAGAUGCAGGAUAUGGUCGUUACCAGAAAAAUCCGACCAGCUAUUAAAGACAAUUGGCUCACUCAUCCAGGACUGGCAGCUCUCGUAUCUACGAUAGAGGAGUGCUGGGAUCAAGAUGCUGAAGCCAGAUUAUCGGCGGGUUGUGUCCAGGAACGCAUAUCUCAGCUAUCUCGUAAUGUUAAUGUAUCUACCUCCAUCAAUCAGAUGCCAGAUGUUGUAAUACCUCUCGAUAUGGACCUUCCUCCUAAAGAUAUAAGUAUAUAGACUGUUAGAAAUAAACACCGGACAUACUUAUUCUAAGACUAAAUACCAUUUCAUAUUGGUCUUGCGAUAUAUACACUCAGAACAUUUGUAUUCGCGGCUUAGAUAUCGCUUGUUUUUACAGAAUAAAUCAUGCGAAAUUGUCUUAUGAAAUAUUUUCCAAGACCCAAAGUGAAUUCAUCAACUGAUAUAUAGAUGAAUAAAACCUUGAAUUUGGAGGGUUUUUUUUUUAAGAUUUCACAAGACACUCUUCAAAACUGUUAUGUUAUGUAUGGACAAAUAAGAUUUCAAGUUAUAUUCUUUACUGUUCAUAAUCAUGAAAUCUGUCUGAAGUCUUUAACUCCCCCCAAAAUUUGAACUGAAUUAAUUUGCAUUUUUUAUUUUGCAUUGAAGAGUUGAUAGUAGAGUACUUGUACAAUGAACCUUGUAAUGUUCUACAAACUGUAAGACAUUGAUAACAAGGCUGAUAAGAGUAUUAUUAACCCAGACAUAUUUGUUGUAUACAUGUAUAUAUCAAACUUACAAAUACAUGUAUUUGUGUUUAGACAUCAUCGAUUAUCAUAGGGUUGUUUAAAACUUGACCACUUUUGAUUGAUUUUAAUUCUUCAACAUUUUGUUUGAAACAUUUUGCACUGUUCUUUAUAGGUUGUAAUUUGCGAUCACAUCUCUUAGAUUCAACAAAGUGAACUAAAUUUAUGCUAAAUGUUAUUGUUUUUAGAAAUGUAGAAUUGAGGUCUGUAAUUAUCACGACUCGUUUAUUUAACAGUAGCUUCAUAAACAGAUCAAUUUCAAUAAAUUUAAAACUACUAUGGUAAUAUUGAUUUAACUUUUUAGGUAUUAUAUACGUGUAUAAUUUGUUGUUGAUUUAGUAAACCUUCUGAUCUUCCGUUGUAAAUCAACAAAAUCUUUGGAAACUUUGACGCCCAGUUGGUCCACACAAUGACAGUUUUGGACAGAGAUGUUAUGGAUAUAGAGCUUUUGUUUUUAGGAACAACGCACUUCAAAAAAGCCCAAGACUCUGUCAAUUCAAGUUUGAUCAACCUGAAAUUUGACAUGCUUGUUUUUUUGGCAGUUUUGCAUUGAUUAUUGAUAUGACAUCAGACCCGUGUGUUUUAAGCAUUAGAUCUUUGUUGAUUUGACACAGAAUGAUCCAUUAUUUUUUUUUUACAUGUACAGGUUGUUAUAUUGAACUGUUGAACAGUUGGGGGUUUAUUUAGGUUUUAUUAAUGUAUAUUAAAGGCAGCUGUCAAUUCUAAACGUUUAAUUUCUGUUAAUUAAAAACUUUAUCAGACUUAAUGGUUUGAAUAUUACUUUGAUUAUAACUCUAGGCCUAUUUCUUGGAAGUUGUGCUAGAAAUAACAGUGACAUUAUUCAUGAAAACUUAAACUAAAAUAUUUUAAAGAUUCAUACUUUUGAUUGGCUAAAGGUUAAAAUCUUUGUAUAUACUUUAGCUCUAAGCCAAUAAAAAGUCUGUAUUUUUCAAAUACAUUAAAUUAAGUUUUGGUGAAUAAGAUCCCAGAUUUAUAAGAAUUUUGCUUUAGUAUAAAUAGUGUUCAGUUUUUAAGCUGGAGACUCAUGAAUAAUAAGAAUAAGCUGUAACUUUUAGCUAUUAUUGCACGUUAUUGAAUUCAGGUGAUAAUUUGGUUCUGAUAAUCUGUUUUGAAUUGACACAGUACAUUGUCCAUUUUGAAACAAACUAAAUAUCAAGCAAGGUGUGCCUAUUUAAUAAAAUGAAUUACUUAAUCAGGAACAAUUACAAUGAAUUUGACCUCGUUUGGCAUAUACAGGUAUCAACUAAUUCUCACUAUGCAUAGACUUACGAUAAAAUGGAGUGCCUCAUAAAAUCAUCAAUAUGAAAUUUUAUACAGUAACAAGAACUCUACAUAUAUCAAUCUUUUAUAAUGUUUACUGAUUAAUUAGCUUACUGUGCUCAAAAUAGUAACUAGUUUGCAUACGGUUGCAGUCCCUUGGGCACUUUGAUUACAGUUCCUGUGGCUACAUGACAAUGUACAUGUACAUGGCAUAGUGUUUGUAUUUAUGACCAACCAGAAAUCAAAACUGACAUCGCUAAGCAGUUUUUGUAUGUCUUCAACAGUGUCUUUAAUAGAUAUUGUUAGUGUUUUAAUCAUCUCAAUAAAAUGUUUGGUUUUUAAAAAUCAUGAGGUAUUUUAGUCUUUGCUGCCAUAAAAAAAAAAGAAAUUAGUUGUAUUUUGUUACCUGUUAAAUAUCUACAUGGCGGACAUCAUGAUAUAAAAUUAUAAUGUUUUACUUGACAAUCUAUUUGAUUUAGAUCUAUGUUUUGUAAAGAUUUAUCAUGAAAGACCAUGGAUGUACAUGUACCCUACACUAUCUGACCAUCUCUUAGACCUUAGCAAUUUAAACCCUCUAACCUAAGGGUCUUUUACAUUGAUGAGUGAAAUCAAUAUGAUUCUGUUCAAUAAAACAUUGUGAUUAAUUAUUUGUAGCUCUCAUCCUUAUUUUAAAAGGAAUUUUUGAUGUUGCCUUUUAGGUACAUCAACAAAAAGUCAAGUGUCAGAUCAUUUAGCAGUUUGUAAUCAUAAAUCAAGGUCCUCAAAUCUUUUUCUAUUUUAGAAUUUUCAUAGAUUUUGUUAAAAUUGUUAAAAAAAAAAAUCAAAGUGGUCUAUCUGCUAAAUCAUAAAGAAAUUCUUCGAAUUAGACAUUCAAAAUCCAUGUAUUUUAAAGACAGAUUUUUUUUUAUUUUAACUUAUGGCUAAGUACAGGUAAAUGGCAUCAAGUGAUUGUGACAGAUUUUGAUAUUUAUUUUAGAAUUUUCAUGGUAAAAUGGAUGACAGUGAGUCAACCUAGAUUGUAUUUGUUUAAAUACAGGGUUUUUUAAACUCCCGUUAUUCAUUAGUGUUUAACAUUGGUUUAUAAUUCAUUACCAUCUGCUUAGUUGUGCAGAUUAUUGUCAGGGGGUGGUAUUCAAGAAAACUUAAAUAUUUUGGAAGCUAUUGUAGUUUUGAAAAAUGAUUUUGGUACUUGAAUAUUAUUAUUGGCUGCCCAAAAUCUUUUGCUGUAAGCUGCGAUUCUUAAUGUCAUAAUUUUAUCGAUUAAUUUGAAAGAUGUGAAGACAAUUGUGGAUGCACCUGUUUCAUUGGCCAAGAACUAAAUACACGUUUUAGCUCUUGGCCAAUGGAAAAGCUGCAUACUUGAAGCAUUUUAGUCUUAAGUUUUCAUGAAUAAGUCUCCCAGAAACACAGCAACUUGCCUACCAAUUGUCAGCGUGAAUUGUUAGAUCUAUUUCACAUGGCCACCUGCAGAUUUUGUCAUAGCUUACAAGAUGUAAACAGGGCUAGCCCUAAUCCUAACCCAAGACCUAGCCCUAAGCCUUACCCUAACCCAUAAUCCUCGGCAACAAUCAUGUGCCGUAACCCUAUUUAUAUCUCGUGACCAUGGCUGUGUUAAAUAGAUCUAAGCCAUCGUGAAUAAUGAAUUGUGUACCAUUGCUAUAUCAUGAUGCCUGUUAUUAUUUUAUACAUGAUAAUAUUAGACGACUUCGUAUACUUCAUUUAAUGUAUAGUUAUUAUUAUUAUUAUUAUGAAGUUUUAAAUGGAUUAAUUGUAUAAUGUCUAAAGAUCAAAAUUACAUUUACAGGGAGUAAACUGAUUUCAUUCACAGUAAAAUAUUUCUGUAUAUUUGUCUAAAAAAAACUUUUUUUAAGUUGGUUAUACUGUGUAGGUUGAUAGGUGCCAUGUCUGAGGGAAAGUAUGCUUACUUUCUCUAUAAUAGAUACUGCUUUAUGCCUUUUUUUUUUUAACAAUUUUGUUUUCUUGAAAGGUUUUGUAUCAUGUGAAUGUUUUUUUACACAGAGAAUAAUGAAUAAUUUUUAUUUUAAUCAAAGCAGAUGUUUAUAGUUUUUAAUUUAUUUUUUUCUAAUUCGGUUGUAUUAAGCAUUGAUGUUUUAAAAUGUGGAAGGAAGAAAUGAAGCUAUGAAUGGAAUCAGUUUAAAGUUGUAUAUAAUGUAUAUAUUACGUAGAAGAGAUCUUUUACUAUUUAAACAUACUUGUUUUAAAAGGCGUCUUAUAUUGCAUGUCAUGUACAGAAGUAGUUAAUCCAUUUUCUAUAAAUAUAUAUAUAAAUAUAUCAUUUCUCUAUGUACUUAUACUACUAUUAGCACUUCUUAGGUCAGUUUAUAUUCUAAGAUAUACAUAAUUAUUUGUAUACUUUAUUAUUAUUAACUACUUUAAAAUAUAAACCUUGAACUCUAGCAUGGUACAGGGACAAUGAUAUUUAUCUUUUUUUGAAAGGAAUUCUUAUGAUUGAUUAGACCAUUUUGAUCCAUCUAUCCACAUAUUCCUCGUUUGAUUAGAACUUGACAUUUGCCUUAGGAAUAUGUCUGUCCUAGCCAAUUGGUUAUAUAUACUAAGUAAGAAAGAAAUAUGGGGAAGAAAUAGUUCUUGCUCUUUUACAUUCAAAUUUUUAUCAGCUACAAGUACUUUUUGCUUUAAUGAAUGAAUUUGGCUAUAGUUAAAUCAUAAAAUUUCUUGACUUUUCCAAUUAUCUGUUUGUCUUGUCCAAGGCAAUUGGUUAUGUAAGCUUAGACUGAGAAAGAAAGAAGUAUGGGGAAAAAUUUGCACUGUUUAUUAAAAUAUUUAUCUAUUCUAAAUACUUUACUUCUUUAAUGAAUGAAUUUGGCUUUGGUUGUAAACUUGUAAUACAUCAUAAAAGUUCAUUAGUUUUCCAAUUCUCUGGUCUGUUGAUGAGGAAGAUACGUUGGUCUGAUAUUUAGUGAUAUGGUUGUCCCUGUCAAUAUUGCUAGUUUUAACAAACCGGUUAUGAAUGUUUUAUAAAUUAUCAUAGAGUCUAUGUACAUGUUUUAUGCCAAAAAUUUCUGACAAAAACUUUUUAAAAAUCAAUUUUUACCUCAAAUAUAUCCUUGUUAAUAGAUAUUUUAAAUGUAUAUGUUUAAUACUUUAGUAUUAAGUUAGAGAAAUGAACUAACCAGUCUGACUUGAUAUUUUAAAACACUUGUUUUUAAACACAUAUUGCUAAUGUUUUAUACACAGGGAAUGAUAGAACAAUUUUUAAAUUAAUCAAAGCAGGCACUUUUAAUUUAGUUAUAUUUACGAUGAAAUAUCUUUCUGUCUUUACAAAUGGUUUGAAAAUUGUAUUCUGGUUAGAGUUUUUAAACUUGAAAUCAGAUGAUCCUCAUUUAUCCAUUCUUUUUAAAAGAAAUUUGUUCAAAUUAUUACCUAAACACAAAAUAUCUUGUGUGAUUACAGUGUAUUCCUGACCAUUUCUCCCUCUCCAGGGAUCCCUUUUCUAAUGCCAGAGUAUUUGAGAUAAUUUCAUUAAUAAGAAUCAUCUGAUGAAUAGUUUAAAUCAGAUGGAGAUAGUAACUAAAUCUUAACAUAAGUUUUCUUUUUUAAGUUUAUAACUUCAGUCUUAAGACUAACUGAUGUAAUGGCAAACUUGUUCACAUAUGUGACAAAAUUUAAGAAAAAAAAUAGGAUAUUUUCUAUUCUAUGCACAUAAGUUCCUCUUGAUAGUAAGUCAGUUAAUUGUCUAUUGAAUAUUUUGAAGCAUUUAUAUAUAUAUAUAUAAAUAUAUAUAUAUACAUCAUUUAUUUGUAUGUUAAUAUAAUGUACCUUUUAUGUUUUAUUUUUAUUUUUGAGCAUCACUCAUCCCGAUAUUUGACAGUGUAACUAGUCCCGUGACAAUCAGAUAAGACGUUUUUUUUUUAUUGAACACAAGAGUUUAAAACAUUGUAUUUAGAAGUAUUUUAUUUCUGUUCCCUUCCCCCAAUCCCACCCCCCAAUAUCAAUUACUCGAUUCACCUUUUAUAGAUUGUUCACUGAUUAUUAUAAAUUCUCUACUUGAGCUACAUGCGUCGCCAAAAUUCUAAACCAGAAACUUUUAUUCAAUAGGUAGUUCAAACUGCCUGACCACUUGUAGACCACUGUGGUUUGAAAUUGGCAAAACAACACAGUGAUCAUUAUCUGUCACUGAUACCUAUUGGAGAUGUAGUAGAGUUGAGAUAUUUGGGAUAAAGAAAGACCAAUUAAUAAUCCUAGAACAAUCUAUUUUAGGGAAUAUGGUUAUUGAUAUUUGUCUGUUACUGCUGGAAUAUUGUCCUUCAAAUUGGAUUAUAUGAUAUACCUCGAUUUGACUUGAUCACUCGCUUUUACUUCUUCUUAGUAGGUAGAAUUUCAAUAUUUAACAACAUUGGUAGCUAAAUAAACUCAAAUGUCAACCAUACUGUCUCUAUCUAUUGAAGGAGAUUUUUAUUUUUGAUACAUAAUGGUAGAGCAGUAUGGCUGCUUUGAAUCAUUGUAUUUCAUGUUCUGCGUUGGUUCUCCAGGGUUUUAAUUGUAACAUAGAGACGAGAGACACACAGACAAUGAAAUGAUUUGUAUAAAUUCUUAAUGGCAAUUUGGAUCAACGGGUGAUUUGUGCUUCUAUGUACAUGUAUUUUGUGUAGACUGUCAUUAAUUAAUAAACUACAGUGUUUGUUAGAAUCA